AAUAUCAAUAAAAAUAAAGAAGAUGAUUUACAAGAAGAAUGGAUUGCAGUUCAAUACACUGAUGAUAAUGUUUUCUAUAUGUGUCCAUCAAAAACAAUAACAUGUAAAAUAGUGAUUGGCAAAAAAUAUAUGGUGAAAUGGGUUAAUAAAAAAUCAUAUUUAGCUAAGGUGCUAAAAAAAGGAAAUAAAGAAAGUAUACAAAAGUUCUUAGCUGGUAAGACUAUAAACCAUAUGAUAGAUGAACCACUAGUGAAUUCAAGCAAUGGUUUAAAUCUGAAAAAAAGGAAAAUUGAUGCACCAACAAUUUCUGAAACAUUAAAAUUGGAACAGGCAACAGUUAAACCAACUAUGCAUUCUAGCCAAGUUGUUGAGCAAAAUGAUUUAAGUAAAAUAGAUACAACAAAAAUGUAUGAAACGUUUGACUUGGAACCGUCAAUGGAUAAACCAAUCAUGCAUUCUAGCCAAGUUGUUGAGCAAAAUGAUUUAAGUAAAAUAGAUACCACAAAAAAUUGUGAGAUUUUUGAUUUGUUGUUUCACAAUAUGGAUGAACCAACCAUGUAUUCUAGCCAAGUUGUUGAGCAAAAUGAUUUAAGUAAGAUAGAUACACCAAAAAUGUGUGAAACGUUUGACUUGGAACUGUCAAUGGAUACACCAAUCAUGCAUUCUAGCCAAGUUGUUGAGCAAAAUGAUUUAAGUAUGAUGGGUGCACCAAAAAAUUAUGAAACGUUUAACUUGGCUCAUUCAAUGGAUAAACCAAUUGUGCAUUCUAGCCAAGCUGUUGAUCAAAAUGAUUUAAAUAAAGUAGAUACCGCAAAAAAUUGUGAGAUUUUUGAUUUGUUGUUUCACAAUAUGGAUGAACCAACCAUGCAUUCUAGCCAAGAUGUUGAGCAGAAUGAUUUAAGUAAAAUAUAUGCACCAAAUUGUGAAACGAUUAACUUGGCUCAUUCAAUGGAUAAACCAAUCAUGCAUUUUAGCCAGGAUGUUGAACAGAAUAUUAUUGGUACAAUUGUUACAUCCAAAAUUACUGAAGAUUUUGAGGGUUCAGAAACAUCAACAUCUUCUGAUUGUUUCAAUAGUCCAGAAUACACACCAUAUUCAAAUGAUAAAAUGAACUUGGAUUUUGAAAUGAGUGAUUCAGAUGAUUCAGAUACAAUAGUUUCACCUCCUUGUUCACCAAGAAAUAGUAACAUAAAUGUAAUGAAUACGGUAGCUGUUCAUCAAAUAGAAUUAGAUGUCCAAAGAGCUAGGAAAUGUUCAUUUAACUAUAAAAAAAAUGUUAAAGAUAAAAGAGUUUACUGUAUUUUUUGUGAAAAUUUACAAACAAAUUUUCCACGCCAUGUUGAACGCAAGCAUGCAUUAGAAACUGAAGUUAGAUCUUUUAUAUUAUUACCGAAAAAAUCAAAAGAACGCUUAAAGCAGAUAGAACUUCUGAAAAAUAAAGGAAACUUUCACUAUAAUAAAACGAUAUUAGAAAAAAAAAAGGGUUCACUUAUAGUUGGUAGACGACCUACAUCUUCUGAAAAAGUGGCUGUAAAUGAUUAUUUACCAUGUAAAUUCUGUUUAAAGUUUUUUAAGAAAAAAAUUAUUUUUCGGCACUCUAAUAAAUGUAAAUUUAACGACACAUCACCAGAUAAUGAAGUUACAAAAAGAAGAAAUGUACAGUCUCAGUGUGGUAUGCUAUUACAAGAUACAGAUGAUUUCAAGCAAUUAACCGCUGAAGUUUUUAUUCACAUGAAAUAUGACAAUAUAUCUUUUACGGCUCAAAAUGAUAAGCUGAUUUGUGCAUUUGGGGCUAGAUUACUAAAAAAUCAUCGUGAACAACACCUAAAAACGUAUAUAUCACAACGCAUGAGGCAAAUUAGUAAACUUUUAUUAAUAUUAAGAACAUUAGUUCCUGAACUAAAGAAUUUAGAAGAUUUCUUAUUACCCCAAUAUUUUAAAACAAUUGUUAAUGCAGCAAAAGAAUUAAGUGGAUACAAUGAAAAUGAAAACUCCUACAUACAUCCAUCAAUAGCCUUGAAAUUAGGACACACAAUUCUGCAAUGUGCCGAUAUCAUAGAAUGCCAAUCCAUUAUUAAAGGCUCUUCUCAAGAUAAAAUAAAUACAAUUAAAAAUUUCGUCACAGUAUUUCAAAAAGAAUGGAAAUUUUCAAUUUCAUCCAACGCCUGUCAAGACCUUUCAAAAAAAAAAUUUAAUAAAACUAUAAGCCUCCCCGACGCUAAAGAUAUAACAUUAUUGCACAAUUAUUUAUUAAAUCAAAUACAAAAUGUAACACAUCUCAUUCAAGAAAAAAAAGAAAUUAAUCAAGAUACAUAUAAAGUACUGUGUAAGACUUUAUUAACCCAGAUAAUAUUACUUAAUAGACGUAGAUCAGGCGAAGUAGAAAGGAUACAUGUCAACGACUAUUUGAACCGAGACAAAAAAAAAAUGCAAGAAGAAAUUUUGAAGUCUCUCACUGAAGUGGAGUCAAAACUAUCAAAUAGUUUUAUAAGAUUCGAAAUAAGAGGUAAAAGAGGCAGAGGAGUACCUGUGUUAUUGACUCCUGAAAUGAAAAAAUCUUUGGAUUUAAUGUUAAGCAUGAGAACAUCCGUAAAUAUUUUUGAGCAAAAUAAAAAUGUUUUCGCUAUACCAUACACCGCUGUAGGAGUGUAUAGAGGGUCAGACUGCCUGAGAGGUGCAGCAAUUAAAUGUGAAGCAUCUCAACCAGAAUUAUUAACAUCCACAAAACUUAGAAAACAUGUUGCGACAAUAACACAAUUAUUAAAUCUAACAACAAAUGACCGUGAACAAUUGGCAAAUUUUAUGGGACAUGACUUGGCAAUUCACAACGAAUACUACAGACUUCCGGACAAUACGUUACAACUCAGCCGUGUUAGUAAAAUACUAUUAGCUGCCGAAUCGGGAAAAAUUAAUGAGCUUAAAGGAAAAACACUCGAUGAAUUUGAUGAUAUUAUAAUUCCAAAUAAUUAUAAUGAAAGUUCAUCAGAUGAAAAAGAAGAUGAUGAAAUUAAAAAUAGUGAUUUGUUUGAAAACCAUGAUCAAUACUACAGUGAAACAGAAAACUUAACCACUGUAGUUGCUAAAAAAACAAAAAAAAGAGGGGAUUAUAUAAGAUGGACAAAGGCUGAAAUAGAUGGAAUCAAACGAUCACUUGGAAAAUUUAUUGCACUCCGUAAAAUCCCACAACAACAUGAUUGCUUACUUGCAAUCAAACAAGAACCUAUUCUUAAAAACAGGGAUUGGAAGAAAAUCAAAUUCCAAGUGGCAAAUAUUAUAAAAAAAAACAUUUAAGUAAAAUAUUAUAUUAUUUUUUUGA